CAGACUGGUGUUAAAAAGUUUAUGAUUACCGGUGGAGAUCUGCAAGACAGUAAAGCUGCACUGAAUCUGGCACAAACAAAUGCACAGUUGGAUGUCACCCUACAAGAUGUGGAGAAUUUGAAAAGGAUAAUCCUGACAUUUACUUAAUGGAUUUGCUAAAUCUUGCUGAAAACAAUAAGGGGAAGGUUGUAGCAGUAGGGGAAUGUGGACUUGACUUUGAUCGACUACAAUUUUGUCCCAGAGAUACCCAGCUCAAAUACUUUGAAAAACAAUUUGAACUGUCAGAAAAAACAAAAUUACCAAUGUUUCUUCAUUGUCGAAAYUCACAUACUGAGUUUUUAGACAUAAUGAAAAGAAAUAGAGAUCGGUGUGUAGGUGGGGUGGUGCAUUCAUUUGAUGGUACCAAGGAAGCAGCAGCUGCUCUGAUUGACUUGGAUCUUUAUAUAGGGUUUAAUGGUUGCUCACUGAAAACUGAGGCUAAUUUGGAAGUCUUGAAGUCAAUACCUAGUGAAAAAUUAAUGAUUGAAACUGAUGCACCUUGGUGUGGAGUCAAAAAUACACAUGCUGGAUCAAAAUAUGUAAAAACUUCAUUUCCUACAAAAAAGAAAUGGGAAAAUGGGUAUUGUUUAAAAGAUAGAAAUGAACCCUGUCAUAUAACUCAAAUACUGGAGAUAAUGUCAGCAGUAAGAGAUGAAGAUCCACUUGAAUUAGCCAAUACACUCUAUAACAACACCAUUAAAUUAUUUUUUUCCUGAUACUGGUAUAUCUUCCAUUUUCCAUCAUGUAUGUUACAAUUUCAUGAUAAAACUGACUUUAAGUUUUAAUAAAGAAAAUUCUCUGGAUGUCAUCUAAAUAGGUAUCAUCUUCAAUUUUAUCUAUAAAAUCAGAUCAAGAUUUUUAAUAUUUAAUGCUCUAGUUUAAAAUGAUUAGAUUACACAAUGAAAAUAGGUGUGAKCUAAUCAAGUAUGAAAAUACAAUUUUAUAAUACUUCAAACAGAAUGACUGAUUUUACCUAAAAAUUAAAUAGUACAUUCUGGUCUAUAUCAAAGCUUAGUUGAUAUAAGCCUAUUGCUCAACUUUYACAGCCUCUGUCUCAUGACUUUUGAACCCAGCUCAACUACAUUGCUACUCCAAGUUCAAAAAAGUUCUCAGGUGCAUCUAGCUAGCUCAUUUUUCUCUUAGUUCUAAAACAUUCUAUAGCCUUUCUCCUCUGAUCCAAACUGUCUUUCCUUGACUUUAAUGUGAUUUCCCGAUUUGCAAUUUCAUUCUCCCACCCGUUUUAAAGAAAAAC